CCAGACGUGACAUUCAAACCGAUUGAAGGCAACAGAAAAACGGAAGAUUUCAAACUAAAGGAAAUAUAACGCAAAAAGUUCUACCCUACCUUCUCGGAAAAGUGCAUGUCUAGCUUUUUAAUUAAAAUAAGAAAGGAAUUAAUUGAAAUCCCAUAGAAAAAAAUACAGUGUUGUGUGUAAAUAUUGCCCUCAAUGUGAUAUCAAUUAAUAGACGUAAAUUGAAAACAAAAUAAUUUGCUGAAGAAAAUUUCAAUCUUGCUGAUGCAGUUUCUGCAUGCAAAUCCCAAAUCAAACGGACUUGAAAAAUUUGAAGUUAUUUUUAAAAAAAAAGUCAUACAAUUUGAAAAAAUUCGCUUUAAUAAGAAAACUGCCUAAGAUUUGAAAAUCCGUCUCAAAUAAUCAUCCGCAUCAUGGCAGUGACGAGCGUCAACAACGAUGACGAGGCAUCAUCCCCAAGAAAUGACAAUAAAACUAAAGAACUUAAUGAACCCGCAGAUUUUGAAAAGGCUAUCGAUGCUGCUGGAUUUGGAUUAUUCAAUGUUUUAUUAAUUUUUAUAGCCAUACCCGCUACUCUGGCAAAUGUCUUCUCCACCACAACGAUGGCUUAUAUAUUACCCAUAGCAGAAUGUGAUCUUAAGCUGACACUCUUUAACAAGGGAAUGUUAAAUGCAGCCACCUAUGCGGGUAUGAUAUCUUCGGCCAUUAUAUGGGGUUAUUUGGCCGAUACACAAGGGAGAAAAAAGAUUUUAGUCAUAGGAUAUAUAGCGGAUGCAAUCUGUGUUUUCUGCAGUUCCCUAAGUCAAAAUUUUGCAAUGCUGGUGACAUUUAAAUUCAUUGGAGGAUUAAUAGUCAAUGGUCCUGGAGCUGUUUUGUUUACCUAUCUAACGGAACUCCAUGGUGCCAAACAUCGUCCAAGGGUUUUAAUGAUUCUAGGAAUGAUCACUUCAUUUGGAACCCUACUUUUACCCAUAUUGGCAUGGCUGAUUUUACCACAGGAUUGGGAGUUUGCACUGCAGGACUUUAAUGUUCAUACUUGGCAAAUGUUUUUGUUAAUUUGCGGAUUGCCCAGCUUGAUAUGUGGCCUGGCCCUCAUUGCUCUACCGGAAAGCCCAAAGUUUCUUAUGUCCCAGGGCCGUAAUAUGGAAGCUUUAAAAGCAUUUCAAAAAAUCUACUUUUUCAAUACUCGCCAACCUAAAAAUACAUAUCCAAUACAACAUUUAAUCGAAGAAGUUCCCACACGAGAUACUAAUGCCAAUGAAGUCAUCUUUAACAUUGAAAACAAAUUACAAGGAAUUGAGGAAAAUGUACCGGUCAAGUCAAAACGACAACAUCGAACUUUGGUACAGAGUUUGCGCGAAGGAUGGCAACAAACCAAACCCAUGUUUCGCAAACCACUGCUUGCAAGGUCCUUGCAUGUUUAUUUAAUGCAAUUUUGCAUACUCUUGGGUUUAAAUACGAUACGAUUAUGGUUGCCACAGCUAUUCGCUUCUAUUGCUGAAUUCGAGCAUGAAUUUGCGGGUACCGACGAAUCAUCCAAUCUAUGUGCAAUUUUGGAUUACAGUGUAAAUAAGACGGCCACAGCCAUAGCCAGCAAUACUGGUGACUGUACAGCGAAUCGAAAUAUAUCAGUUGAUAUGUAUUUGAAUAACAUCAUUGUAGCCACUUCCAGUUUGGUUGGUUACUGCUUUGCAGGUUUAAUUAUACGAGCAUUGGGCAAUAAUCGUCUAUUAACAUAUGGUCUGUUAUUGUCCGGAUGUUUGGGUUUUGGCUUAUAUUGGGCAACCAGUGGCCUUGAAACCUUAAUAAUAUCCUCCUUAUUCAUAACCGUGUGUAGCAUAUCAACUUCAUCACUAUUGGGCAUGGUUGUUGGCUUAUUCCCCACCACCAUGAGAACUAUGAUUGUUGCCAUUGCCAUGAUGUUGGGUCGCCUUGGUGCUUUAUCGGGAAAUUUAAUGUUCCCCAUUUUAGUGGAAGUAGGUUGUGUGCCACCAUUUGUUAUGGUCGGUGCAGUUUUGAUCUUUGCCAGUGCCUUAUCCUGUAUUUUACCCAAAAAGACCGAUUUUUAGUUAAUUCGUAGAACCUGAAUAUUAAAAUGUACAGUAUAUUUAUAAGUACUUAGCAGCUUUAUACAUUAGUAGAUCAAAUUAAUAUUUAUAGAUU